GGGCGGGGCUGGCGGGCCGGGAAAGCAGUCUGGGGACUGGGGCUGGCGAGGCUCACCCGGGAGGACCUCGCAUCCGCGGCGGGUACAGUGAGGGUACCGGUGACCAUGAGAUCCCUGUGGCUGCUCAGAACCCCCUUGCUGUACAGCCUGCUGUGGGCGUUUUGUGCUUCCAGUGCUAGAGCCCAUGAUCCUGGGGCCAAUGCCGUCCAUCCCGGCAGUGUGGGCCUGGAUAAGCACACGGUGCACAACCCAGAGCAUAUCAUGGAGCAUCUUGAAGGUGUCAUUAACAAACCAGAGGCAACGAUGUCCCCACAAGAACUGCAGCUCCAUUAUUUCAAAAUGCACGACUACGAUGGCAAUAACUUGCUUGACGGCUUAGAGCUCUCCACAGCCAUCACUCACGUGCAUAAGGAGGAUGGAGGUGAGCAGGCACCACUAAUGAGCGAAGAUGAGCUGAUUAGCAUAAUAGAUGGUGUUUUGAGAGAUGAUGACAAGAACAAUGAUGGAUACAUUGACUAUGCUGAAUUUGCAAAAUCACUACAGUAGAGCUUACUUGGCUAUCUAGUUAUAUGCAAACGUGACCUGUGAUAAUGUGAUGGAAUGCUUUUGGUAACACAAAAUAACUCAUUUGCAACUACUGCUGCAGCAUUUUGGUAAAAAUCUGUAGCAAUUUGUUACACUGGGGUGAGAAAGAAAAAAAUCCAGAGAAAUAGAAGAGAAACAGGGCAUCCUGUAGUCCCUAAGUGCUGUUGUAUCUCUCAUUGGACAAGGGCUUAAUGAAACAGCCCUUUUAAGGAUGUUGACGCAUUGGAGCCAAGCACUCAGGAACCUAACUUUAGAACUCCGCUCAUUUCUCGACCUUGAUUCAUGCUACCUGGAAAGUAAGACAGAAAGCUUUGCCAAGGGGACACACUUUUCAGUAACAGGGAAGGAAGGGCUGGAAUGAGUGCCAGACGUAUCCCCCGUGGGUCCUGCCUCUUCCAGUGAGGAUAGCCGGUGUUUGCAAAAUUCCCAUGGCUUAGGUGAGUACCUGCUGGGCUGAGUGGCUAUUUAUUAGGCUGUGUCACAGCCACAGUGUAAGAAUGUCAAGUAUUGGGUUUAGUUGACUACAGAGUGUAAGAUUCUGUAUCCUCUGGCAUUUUGGAAAUGAUACACCACUUGCCUAAGUCAUUAACCUUGUUCAGAUUUUCAGUAUUUUAUAUAACUACUGCCGCACCCUCAUACUCUACUUCUUUUCUGUGAUCUUCAACCUGGGAGAGAUUUUGAAUUUAAAAGUGGUGUCUCAUCAGUAGCACAUGUUUUUAGUUUUCUUAAUAUUUGUAUUUCAUUCUUAUUUCCAGGGUUUCCUUUUUGUGGUUUGGGAAUGUGAAGACUUGGUAAGGGAGGUCCAAGUUGUUAGCUGCUCUAGUGUAGGUGGGAAGUGGAAAAAUCUUCCACCAAACGUGGUGAUUAAGCUGAUCCAAGUUCUUUACUUUCCCUUUGUGGUGCUGGGGAUGCAACCCAGGGUCACGCACACACGAGGCAAGUGCUGCACCACUGCGCAGCACCCCAGCUCUGAUCCAAGUUCUCCCUUGAAGGAAUAUUGUUUAAAUUACCUCUUUUAGCCUGAAUACAUGAAUUCUUUCAGGAGAGAGUAGAAAGGGAAGCCUCCAAUCUCUUUAACAGUGUGAAUCUCAGUAGUAUUUGAAAGUGAGAAGUAGCUGCAGAUGGGAAUUUGGUUUAUUGGAUAUGAUAGACACGCUUUAAUGGAAAAGCCAAAAUGAUAGUUGAAUGGGAAAAAGAAACUGCAUAAAAUUUGCUGCAAGAUGUAUAGAGACUUAUUUUCUUUAUUAAAGUAUUCUUAUAAGAAAACAUAUGUUAUUUGUAAAAAUGGUUUCCUGUGUCAAGUUUUGUGCAAUCAGAGCUGACUUGUAAACUAUUCUUGUAAUAUCUCAUUAUUUUAAAAGAUUUAUAUAAUGAAUUCUGGAUCUAUGACCAAUAAAACAAAAUGACAUGCA